CGUUUCCUGUGAUUUCAGAGCUUUCCAGAAUCGCAAGCAAAUCGAAGCAACACGCCAACACUACAACCCUUCUACGCCCCGGUCUACUCCAGGGGAAGACAAUCAAACAGAGAAAAAGCAACGCAGCAAUGGUGUUGAUCGAACCUGUGCCAUCCUCUGACGAAACGUCAAAGCCAAAACCGCCACCAGUCAAGGCGGCUGAAGCAUCGACAGACGCUGGUUCGUCCUCUGCGCCUGCGGCGGCAUCUGGAUAUGGUUCCGAUGGUUACGAGACUGCUAGCGACACCGAACUUAACGAGACCGAUGAGGCAGAAGGGAAGAAAGAGGAACAAAACCUUAGUCACAGUAGUGUAAAGGACGAGAAAGCAAAAGAAGAUUAUGCGAGCCCUGCCACAUCAACACCGUCGUCUUCUUCGGGUGGAAACGAAGAGGCGCCGAUACAGAAAAUGGAAUCCGAUAUGGAUCAACUUCACGAGAAAGCAAUGGCUCUGGCCAAUGAUUUGAAGCUUGAAGGAAAUACAUUGUUUAGGGAUGGGCUUCAUGAAGAGGCAUUGUCCAAGUAUGAGCUAGCUUUGCAAGCUGUAAAAGAUGCCCCUUCAUCUAGUGAAAUUCAAGCAAUAUGCCAUGCAAACCGUGCAGCUUGUUUCUCUAAACUGGGAAAAUAUACAGAGACAAUCAAUGAAUGCACCAAGGCGUUAGAACUAAAUCCUACAUAUGUCAAAGCAUUGCUUAGAAGGGCAGAGACAAAUGAAAAGCUUGAACAUUAUGAUGAGGCUAUCAAAGACAUGACAAAAAUCUUGGAGUUGGAACCUUCACAUGAUCAAGCUAGAAGAGCAAUUGUUCGUUUGAAACCACUGGCAGAUGAAAAGCGUGAAAAGAUGAAGGAAGAAAUGAUUGGGAAGCUGAAAGACAUGGGAAACUCCAUUUUGGGGAAAUUUGGGAUGAGUGUCGACAACUUCAAAGCUGUCAAAGAUCCAAAUACAGGAUCCUAUUCCAUUUCAUUUCAGAAGUAGUGGUGUGACAAUUCUGGGAUGCCUGUGGGACUAUUUUUUGUUUUGUUUUGUUUUGUUUUGUUUUGUUUUUUGGUUUUUAGUGGAGUAUAUAAAACCAUAUGCGGAUAUGCCCUUGUAUACGUCACUAUUGACUAUUUGGGUCUCACCUGGGAAAUGACAUGAUCUUUUGGAACAGGGAAAAUCUAUAAAAAGGGAAUGUUAUUAGAGGGAUUAUUCUUCUAAAAUGACUUAAAUUUGCGGAUUUUUAGAAUUAUAUUCGUUUUCAUUUCUUAAUUGAA